AGUUGCUCUGCUAACUAGACCCGGGCGGAAACAGUAAGUAGGUAGAUGCAGUGAGGCAGAACCAAGGUUGACUUUACUGAGGCUCCUGAGAGUUCCCAGGGCGGCUCAGGUUGGAGUUGUUGGUUUUGCUCAGGCCAGUGUCGGAAAACUCAGCCUGUGGGGAGCGGCCACUUCUUACUGCUAGGGACCGUUAGCUAAGGAGGCGGCCGAGAGGGCCGCCUGGCCAGUUACCAUGUGGGCCUUCCCGGAGUUGCCGAUGCCGCUGUUGGUGAAUUUGAUCGGCUCGCUGCUGGGAUUUGUGGCCACACUCACCCUCAUCCCUGCCUUCCGUGGCCACUUCAUCGCCGCGCGUCUCUGCGGCCAGGAUCUCAACAAAUCCAACCGGCAGCAAAUCCCAGAAUCCCAGGGAGUGAUCAGCGGUGCUGUUUUCCUUAUCAUCCUCUUCUGCUUCAUCCCUUUCCCUUUCCUGAACUGCUUUGUGGAGGAGCACUGUAAAGCCUUCCCCCACCAUGAAUUUGUGGCCCUGAUAGGUGCGCUCCUUGCCAUCUGCUGCAUGAUUUUCCUGGGCUUCGCGGAUGAUGUUUUGAAUCUGCGCUGGCGCCAUAAGCUGCUGCUGCCCACAGCUGCCUCACUACCUCUCCUCAUGGUCUAUUUCACCAACUUUGGCAACACGACCAUCGUGGUACCCAAGCCCUUCCGCCCAAUUCUUGGCCUGCAUCUGGACUUGGGAAUCCUGUACUAUGUCUACAUGGGGCUGCUGGCAGUGUUCUGUACCAAUGCCAUCAAUAUUCUAGCAGGAAUUAAUGGCCUAGAGGCUGGCCAGUCGCUAGUCAUUUCUGCUUCCAUCAUUGUCUUCAACCUGGUAGAGCUGGAAGGUGAUUAUCGGGAUGAUCACGUCUUUUCCCUCUACUUCAUGAUACCUUUUUUCUUCACCACUUUGGGAUUGCUCUACCAUAACUGGUACCCAUCCCGGGUGUUUGUGGGAGAUACCUUCUGCUACUUUGCUGGCAUGACCUUUGCCGUGGUGGGCAUCUUGGGACACUUCAGCAAGACUAUGCUACUCUUCUUCAUGCCUCAGGUGUUCAACUUCCUCUACUCACUGCCUCAGCUCCUGCAUAUCAUCCCCUGCCCGCGCCACCGUAUGCCCAGACUCAAUACCAAGACAGGCAAACUGGAGAUGAGCUAUUCCAAGUUCAAGACCAAGAGCCUCUCUUUCUUGGGCACCUUUAUUCUAAAGGUAGCAGAGAGCCUCCGGCUAGUGACCGUGCGCCAGAGUGAGAAUGAGGAUGGUGCCUUCACAGAGUGUAACAACAUGACCCUCAUCAACUUGCUACUCAAAGUCUUUGGGCCCAUGCAUGAGAGAAAUCUCACCCUGUUCCUGCUACUGCUGCAGGUCGUGGGCAGUGCUGUCACCUUCUCCAUUCGUUACCAGCUUGUCCGACUCUUCUAUGAUGUCUGAGUCGCCUAAUCAUUGCCUUUUGCUUCAUAACCACUAGGGUCCCUGACUCAGGCUCAGCUCUUCUGGACCAAGACUGCCUCCUGGUCCAAGCCUCUCCCACCCUUCAUUCUCCAGAUUUUGUCCUCAGCAUUUCCUUUCCCCUAUGAUUAUUGACAUCCUUGGGCCUUUCUUGCCCUCUAGGGCUGUUGAUUGAACUUUGCUUAUGGCUUUCUUCAACUUGCCACUCUCCCUCUCCAUCCCACUUUUGCAGCCACCUAAGCAGGGAAUACUGUAGCUUUUAUGCAGUUACCCACAACUCUGACACUCAAGGAAUAUGCUGGGCCUGGGGAUAGAACCCUGGCUGCGGAUAGGGUCACAGGCUUGAGGAUGACUUGACAUUUGACUAUAAUUAAGUAUUCUGAUGAUUCAGAGCAGACUGGGGGGCCAGGUGCUCCCAGUGGCAACAAUAAAAAGUUGUUUUUUCUUGUUGUUUCUGUAGGUGUAUUUCCUAUGUGGGCAUUUUAAGGUAGAUUGGGAGUGUUGGUGGAGGCAUUUCCUCUAAGAGUUUGCCUAUCUCUCUGCCUCAUCCUUUUUCUUUCAGUACCUCAGGCCACUUCUAGCAAGAAGUGAACACAAAGAACAAACCAGGUAGAACAUGUUGAGUAAAUACUGAAAUCCUGCUGCUCCGUGGCGUAGAGAGCCAUAAGAUUGGCAUUAUCUGGUAUGGGGUCGAACUUGCAGAGGGUCUCUAAUUCCUUCCCUUUUUCAUGCCUUUUUUGCCAGAUAGGAGGGCGUGACCAGACCUGGGAAGUGAGGCAGAGUAGUCAGUAGUGCUGACCCCUUUUCUUUAAAAACCUUAAGUCCCACACACAUUUCCCUGAGAUGGCUUCAGACCUCACUGUCUAUGUCUUCCGGUUCUGGAGUAGGGCUGUAGUGUUUAAAUCUGGCGCGCUUCACAUGGAUUGGCUACACCGGAGAGUGGUUUGCUGUGGGCUCGCUGCAGCUCCUCCUCGCCUCUUUCCCCGGGCAGAAGGUUUUCAAAUUCUACCAAUCGGAGGGCGCGUUCUCUCAGCCGGGGCGCGCCACCGAUUGGUUAACUGCAGCCAACCGGAGGCGGGUAUUAAAGAAAAGAGCCAAUCAGGAGGGCGCGGGGGUGUGCCCUGGGGGGCUUAUAAGGGCGGCUUCUGGGCGCGCGCGGCACCAGUUGGACUGCGGCGGCGGCUGUUUUUCGUCCCUGCGAGGCGUUCUCCUCAACGUACAUCUACCUCACGCAGCAUGUCGGGCCGCGGCAAGACCGGCGGCAAGGCCCGCGCCAAGGCCAAGUCUCGCUCAUCACGCGCCGGCCUCCAGUUCCCGGUGGGCCGCGUGCACCGCCUGCUGCGCAAGGGCCACUAUGCCGAGCGAGUGGGCGCCGGCGCGCCAGUCUACCUGGCGGCGGUGCUCGAGUACCUCACCGCCGAGAUCCUGGAGCUGGCGGGCAACGCGGCCCGCGACAACAAGAAGACGCGGAUCAUCCCUCGCCACCUGCAGUUGGCCAUCCGCAACGACGAGGAGCUCAACAAGCUGCUGGGCGGCGUGACGAUCGCCCAGGGAGGCGUCCUGCCCAAUAUCCAGGCCGUGUUGCUGCCCAAGAAGACCAGCGCCACCGUGGGGCCGAAGGCGCCCGCCGGCGGCAAGAAGGCCACCCAGGCCUCGCAGGAGUACUGAGGCCGCCUGCGCCGCCACGGCCGCCGCCCGGUCUUCCCUUCGCCACCACAAAGGCCCUUUUAAGGGCCACCACAGCCCUCACGGAAAGAGCUGGGCCACGACGGGCUCCCGGCCGCGCGCUCGCCCCCUCCCCAGCCUCGCCGCCGCCGCCGCCGCCUGCCCGCCCCUCCCCCGCGCGGCCCGCUCCCGCUGUGGCUCCGCCGAGGACGGCCGUUUGAAAGCCGCUCGGCCCCGGGGUCCAGCUCGUGACUGCUGGCCUGGCCGCAGACGCUGAUGGGCUGCGGGGAGGACGCGGCGCCUAAUGGAAGGCUGGGCCGGCCGUGCUGACGCAGGGCCGGGGAGCGCGGCGGGAAGGUGAGUGGGUGCAGAGGCCGCCGGCGGGGCCGCGCGCGUUACUCUCCAGCCCGUUGCUCCGGCCGCGACUUCAGACGGAACUCGAUUUCGGGCGGCGGCGGAGUCGGUCACAUUUGUUCCGGGGCCCCUUUGCUGCCGGGUCCCGGGCCUUGCACGUCCGCGCUCCCUCCAUCUCCGCUCGCAGGCCCGUGCGCGUCCGGACGAGACACUUGGCGGUGUGAGCGUCUCCCGCGGUGGCCGGUCCGGGCGGGGUGGGGGCCGCGCCCCCAGGCCCGCUCCCCUCCCGGCGGGCCCACUGGGCAAGCCAAGCACCUAGAUACCAGCACUACUAGUCCAUUAACCCCCGUCUGGACUGAGCCGCCGUUGGCUUCGGAACUGGAAUUUUGCAGCUAACCCAUCCGAGACUAGUACUUUAGAUAUUGGGGAGUUUCAGAUGGACUAAUUUUGUUUAUUAAAGGAUUGGUUUUUAUAUAUA